AUGCCAUCAUACAAACUUUCUUAUUUUAAUGCUCGUGGACGUGCUGAAGUAUCACGAUUAAUCUUUGCUGCAGCUGGUCAAAAAUAUGAGGAUAUUCUUGAUGGUGUUAAAUUACCGCAAUCAAGUGCAAUUGUAAGAUUUCUUGCUAAACAAUUUCAUUUAGCUGGUAAAGAUAAUUUCGAACAAGCAAAAGUCGAUGCUAUCGUUGAUACUAUUUAUGAUACAUUGAACGCGUUUCUGCCAUCUCUUCUUGAACAAGAUCCAAUUAAAAAAGAAGAACUCACAAAAAAAUUCUUUAGUGAACAAUUACCCAAACACUUACAGAAUCUUGAAACUCUUGGCAAACUAUAUGGUAAUGGUGGUCAUUUCUUUGUUGGUAAACAAUUGACAUGGGCAGAUUUACUCUUCUAUAAUUUUGGACAAACAUUUAUUGAAGCCGAAGCUGAUUGUUUAAGCAGUUUUUCAUGGUUAAAACAAAAUCGUGCUGAAGUUGAAAAACAACCCAAAAUCGUAGAAUAUCUUAAGAAUCGACCCAAAACACCAUUUUAA